AUGUCAAACAUACGAGAUGCAAAUCUUCACUCGGACGAGGAGGAAGACGAUGAUUUCGGCGAGGAAGAAGAUCCGCGUCCCGAGAAGCGACAGAGGCGAGCACCAAGUGACGACGAGGAUGAUGAAGACGAUGACGAUGAAGACGCGCCGAAACCUUCAGGACGGGACAAGUCGCGAAAUAAAAGCAAUGGCGCGAAUGAAGAUGAUGAAAUUGAGGAGCUAGAAGAGGAUGAAGACGACGACGACGAUGAGGACGAUGAUGAGGACGAGGACGAUGAAGGACCACGCCGACGAAGAGGUCAAAGACGAGCACACAAUCCUUUCCUUGAUACCAUGGCCGAGGUCGACGAAGAUGACGAGGUCGAUGAUGAGGAAGAUGAUGAGAUGGAGGCAGACUUCAUCGCUCCUGGUGACGACGACGACGCUUUGCGCCACAGGGCAGGAGACGACCGGCUCCAUCGUCAACUCGAUCGUCAAAAUCAAGCUGAUUUCGCCGAAGACCUUGAGAAGGUCGCCGCCGAAAUGCGUGAUCGUCACGGAGGGCGACGAGGACACCGCCUUGGAGAUGCAUCAACAGUAACACCCAAACGACUACUUCUACCAUCUGUCAACGAUCCAUCGAUCUGGGGUGUCAAAUGUAAGCCAGGCAAGGAAAAGGAGGCUGUCUUUACUAUUAUGAAGAAGGUCCAGGACAUGAAAGGCACUAGGAAUGCACUCAACAUUAUCUCCGUUCUCGAGAGAGGACAAUCAAUGCAAGGGUUCAUCUACGUCGAAGCUCGCCGGCAGGCAGACGUGUUGACUGCGCUCACCAACAUCCCAAAUGUCUAUGCCAGAUCCGGAAUGAUCUUGGUUCCUGUUGACGAAAUGCCGGAUCUCUUGCGCGUACAAAAGAAAGCCGAGAUCACGCCCGGUACGUUCGUUCGGUUCAAACGUGGCAAAUAUCAGGGAGAUUUGGCACAGGUUGUGGACGUCGAACAAAGCGGGCAGAUCCUCAAUAUUCGUGCUGUUCCUCGUAUCGACUAUGGCGCCAGGGAUGACGGAACUGAUGCAUCUGGAAAGCGAAAGCGAUCAGUGGGUGCAGUUAGACCGCCGCAAAGACUAUUCUCCGAAGCAGAAGCCAGAAAGUACCACGAGAGGGAUCUUACUUCGACCCGACGUGGUAUUUUCAACUUCCAAGGCGAUACGUAUGAGGGUGGAUAUUUGGUCAAAGAUGUUCGUGUUACAGCCUUACAACUGGAGAAUGUCAACCCAAAGCUUGAGGAGGUGACCAAAUUCGCCAGUACUGGAGAUGGAAAUGAAAGCCUUGACCUGCAGGCCCUGUCGCAAUCACUAAAGGCCUCUACGGACAAAUAUGCACCCUAUCAACCUGGUGAUAUGGUCGAAGUAUACGCUGGUGAACAGGCUGGUAUGGUUGGAAAGGUCACACGUGUCAGAGCGGACAUCGUCUCGAUGAAUGUACAAGAAGGACCUCUCAAAGGAAAAGAUAUUGACGUUCCUUUCAAAGGCCUCCGUAAAAGGUUCAAGGAAGGUGACCACGUGAAAGUUAUGGGUGGUAGUAGGUAUAGGGAUGAAGUCGGUAUGGUUGUGAAGAUUGUCGACGAUCGGGUUACAUUUUUGAGUGAUCUUUCCAUGGGUGAGAUUACAGUCUUCUCGAGGGAUUUGAGAGAGGCAUCCGACAGCGGCGGCAUGGGCACAGCUGCAGGAAAAUACGAUUUGUGGGAUCUCAUUCAGCUUAAUGCCACAACUGUCGCCUGCGUUAUCAAGAUCGACCGAGAAUCCCUUAAAGUCCUAGAUCAAGAGGGUGCGACCCGGACAAUCCUACCGUCACAGGUAGCUGCCAAAAUUCCUCCACGACGAAAAGACGCUGUCGCUACCGAUAGAAACGGUUCCGAUAUUCGCGUUGAAGAUACCGUGAAGGAGAUUGCAGGCGGAGAGAACCGCUCUGGUGUCAUUCAUCACCUGUACAGAGGAUUUGCUUUUAUCCACAGCAAAGAGUUGCAAGGCGAGACAGGCGGUAUCUUCGUGGCUAGGACUAACAAUCUAGCCACAAUGAUUGCCAAGGGAGGUCGGGUUGCUAGUUCCGGCCCAGAUCUUUCCAAAAUGCCAGAGAUGUCAAAGAAGCCUGGUGGAAAUAUGGCGCCACCCAUCAUCCCCCGCCAGGGUGGACGUGAUAGAAUUCUUGGACAGACAGUUCAUGUCAGGCAAGGUCCAUACAAGGGUUUGUUAGGUAUAGUAAAGGAUGCAACCGACACGACCGCUCGUAUCGAACUUCAUUCCAAGAAUAAAACUAUCACAAUUGAAAAGAUGAAGCUUGGUUUCAAAGAGGGUGCUACGGGUAGAAUCCUUAGCUACGCAGAAUUUGUACAACCAAAGAAGGGCUUCGGUGAUCGCGGUAGUAAUACUUCCUACAGCUCCGGCAAUAGUAGCGCUGGGGGUAAUAGUUGGUCCGGAAGUAGAACACCUGCCGGUUCAAGCGCAUGGGCCGGUUCGAGGACACCAGCGGGUGCCCACGGAGGUAGUGGUGGCGGCGGACGAACCCCCGCUUGGGCCGGCGGUGCUGGAGAUGGCGGCAGGACUCCAGCUUGGGCAAGUGGUUCAAAGACUCCAGCCUACGGCGCCAAUGAUGGAAGUCGCACUUCGGAUCCUUACAAGGAUGGAAGCCGCACUUCGAAUCCGUACAGAGAUGGAAGUCGAACCUCGGACCCAUACCGAGGUGAUAAUGACGGGUCACGAACAUCCUACGGCCAACCUGUUGGAGCGUCUGGAGCGUCUGGUGGUCGUACACCAGCGUGGAAUCCAGGUAACAGAACCCCACACUACGGAUCCGGAGAGCCAGGGCCGAGAGACAGCGGCACCGCUUGGGAUAGUGGUUCCAAGACACCAGCUCGUUCUCUGUCAAGUGUCAACGACCAAUGGAACGAUUCAUAUGGAAAUAAUUCUUCGACCACUGCGAGAACUCCAGCUGGUUAUAGUGCUACCAGUCCUGAGUUUUCUGGCGGUUAUACUGCAGCUACCCCUGGUGCUAGUGGCUUGUCCGCUCCCACCCCCGGUGGCCUCAGUGCUCCAACCCCUCCAGUCUCGGCCCCUACGCCGCGCGCAAACACUUGGGAUGCUCCUACCCCAGGCGGCCCGGCCUCUGCUGCUACUCCAGGCGCAUCUGGCGGUGAUAAUAGACGUUACUUUGAUGCACCGACUCCUCAGGGUGGUGGCUAUAGCAGCGCGAAGACGCCUGGGGCAUGGGGCAACGACGAUGACGACGAUGCUCCAGGAUAUAACUAA